AUGUCGCACCCACGCAACCCCUUCGCUCGCAUCCCAGACGAGCUGGCCGCUCAGAUCGUCGGCUACAACACCCCAGAUCUUGUGUUGGCGACAUCGGCCCACACCGUCUUGACCAACGGACGGCAAGCGACGAUGAAACUCCUCGAACUUAAGAACAAGUCCGAGUGGAGCGACAUGAUAUCGCUGCGGAGUGCUAGCAAGAGUAUGAAAGAGAAGAUCAAUGACAACCUUGGCGCAAUUCUUCGCACAAAGCAAAGCAUCGUCGUGGUUGACACAAAGAACCAUCUAUACUUCGGCUACCCGUACCCUCUCGACCCACAGGAUCUUUCCGGUGGCGCUCUGCAGACCGAGGAGAAUGCAUACCUUCCUGACGACUUUCUGGGGAAGCCAACCUUCGGCAAUGGCGAGACUUGGGAAGUCAUUCGAACCACGGUGCCCAUUACGCUGGUCGAUAUGAAGGCACAUGUGGGCAGCUUAGAGAAGGGUAAGACGCUCCGAGACCUCGCGGUGGACGAUCAGUAUCGCGGCGAUGAUGCGGAGACACUGCUCCUGAUCGAAUUCCAGUGGAGCCAGAACCGUGCCGCUAAGUGGGACCUGUCAUGCUCCUACCAUACUCUCGCCGAGGUGGGAGCCGAGCGCGAAGAUGAUUGGAUGGAGGGAUACCAGAACUCCAACUUGCCAAAGAUAAAGCGAGAGGCAAUGACUGCCAUUAAGCAGUAUCUUAUCUCACACAACGGCAUUAACAGGACCCUCGACGGCCUGAAUAUCUCAACAGAGGCUAUCCUGGAGGUCCAGAAGGCGGUCUGCGGCCUCUCAGACCACCUGGCCUCGCUCCCCAACGAGUGGACGACUAGGCCACACGAGAGGAGCAUGUGGUGCUGGCGUCUGAGAGCGUUCAAGGGCAAAGGUUUCGAUGAUGGCGAAGUAGACCAGCUGCUUGAGGAAACCGACUCCAUGUACAACGAUGACUCCGAGGAUGAGGACAUGGAGGACUCCCCCGAGGACGAAUUGAUGGAAGACGACCUGGAUGACGAAGAGAUGGAAGACUUUGCUGAGGAAGAGGAGAAGCUUUCUGGUGAUGCUGAUGCCUAUCCAGAGGGUGGCGCGGAGGAGGAGGAGAUGUCCGACGGAUCUGCAGCUGACCAGGAAGAUGCUGACACCGAGGAUUGGGUCGACGACAUGCACGGUGAUCCCUGA